GAAAUAAAACAAAAGAAAACGUAGGAAGAAGAAAUACAAAAAAAAAAAGGUACUUCUUCGUGUUUCUUCGAUUCGUUCUUCGUCUUCGUUAUAAUAUUUUAGAUGGAUUCUGGCGUGUCAAUGCGUGUGUGUUCUGUUAAUGUAUUUGUGCAUACGAGUCGAGUAAUCUAUAAUUCCACACAAUAAAUUGUUUAUAAUUUUUGUUAGCAAUCAAAACAAACAAACAAAAAAAUUACUAAUACAAAAUAAAAAUACUCAAAACAAAUUGAAAAAAAAAAAAACGGUUAGAAUUUGUCUGAUAAAUUAGUUCUUCAUAUAUAUAAUCAAUUCUACAUUGUCGCAGUCGCUGAUAAAAUAUACUCUUCUCUUUCUUAUUUGUUUCGUUCAGUUUUUUUGUUGAAUAUUUGUGAUUGUGAGUGAAUUUUUUAUUCGUCCUUUGUGUCUACUACAUCACUUAACUAAUAUUUCUUCGUCUUCGGUGUCAUCAUCAUCUCACAUCGUUAAGUUGGAGUUUUUUUUUUUUAUUUUCUUCUUCGCAACAAACUAAAAUAAUAAAUAAAUAAAGAAAAAGUGUUGUUGUUUCUCUUGCGCUCUGUUUCUUGUUCUUCUUCUUUUUUUGUGUCCAUUUUUAUUUUCAUUAGUGUGUGUGUUUUAUAAUUGUCCACCUUCAAUCGGCUCAACUCGGCUUCGUUGAAAUUUGAAGUUGCUUAAGCUGCUCCUCUUGCUUUAUACCGGAACGACGACAAACGGGAGAAACGUUCAGUUUUUUUUUUUUGUUUUGUAUUUAUAUUUUCGUAUAUGUAUGCAGAUGUAUGGUGUUUGCAUGUGUAAAUACAAAUACUUAUUGGAAAUCUGUAAUUCUUGUUGUUUAUUCCAUUUUUUAUAAACGUCGUCAUCGUCAUCCACCGACAAUUGUCGUCUUGUCGGUUUCUUGUGUAAAAUUGUGGAUAAAAGAAAUGAACCAAUAAACAAAAAAAAAAAAACAUAAGAAAAGCGACAAUAAAACAAAAAAACAAAGUAAAAAAAAAAAAAAAACUUGAUUUUUGGAUGAACGAAAAACGAAACCAUUCCGGAGACGAAGAGAAAGAAAUUGUAAAUAUAUUUUUUUUUUUGUUGUAAUUUGCUCCUUUUGGUGGUGCUCUCUGAAAUUUCUCAUUCAUUCCACGACAUGAAGAAGAACUAAACAAAUUUACUGUUUUCAUAUAAACAGCAAUCAAUUUUUUGGAAUAAACAAGGAACUGCAGUUGCUGAUGAGAAAAAAUAAAAGAUAGCAAACAGAGAAAUCAGUUACGAUGAAUAUUGUUUAUUUAUUCAAAUCUAAAUAUUCAACAUGAAUUAACAAUUAUAUAUUAUUAUAUAUAUCAGCAAUUGAAUAACGAAAAUAGAAAAAAGCAUAAAACUAUGUCCAAAAAAAAUGCUACAAAUUUGACCAAGAUGAUAACAAAGAAUAAUGAUAUGUUUGGUGGUAGUUCAAAGCGCCUACCCCAAUCUGCAAGAACAUCUCCCCUGCGGUCACUAGCAGCUGAAACAUCAUCAUCAUCAACAACAACAGCAACUCCCCAACUGCUACGUAGAACGGAACAGAAAUCUCAAUAUUUAUUAUCUAGGACAUUUUUAUCACCACCACCAUCUUUUCCACCAACACCAACACAAACAAAAGCACCAGUAAUAACAAAAAUAUUCCCUUUAACUACAUCCACAUUACCACGCAUUGCUGUUAAUACAACAAUAACUAGUAAAUCGAUAUCGGAACCGCUACCAUCACGAAUUGUGUCAUCGUCACCAACGGUAAUGGAAGGCGUAGGCGAUAGAUCAACAGAGCAAAUAUCAUCAACGAUUUUAUCAGGAAGAACAAAGUUAUUACAGCAGUAUUCGCGCCACCGCCAGAUACAACAACAGCAAUACCAUCACCUCCACCAUCAUCAUCAUCAUACACCACAGUUUCGUUUUCGCAUUUUACCUGGACUCAAAGCCACGUCGUUUUUUACCAUUUUGACAUUAGUAUGCUUAGAAACGGUGCUCUUGUCAACAGUAUCGAAUUGUGCCAAGACAUUCUACAUGCAUUGGAAUACAUCAAAUAGCAUAUUUCGCAUAGAUAACACAGAUCAUAUUAUCGAUGUAAACAAAGGAAAUUUGGCCUUCGAAUUCGACCAAGUGCACAUAAUAUGUCCUGUUUAUGAGCCUGGCACAUUCGAAAACGAGACCGAAAAAUACAUCAUAUAUAAUGUAUCAAAAGUUGAGUAUGAAACAUGUCGGAUAACAAAUGCAGAUCCGCGAGUCAUAGCCAUUUGUGAUAAACCACAAAGACUAAUGUUUUUUACAAUAACGUUCCGGCCAUUCACCCCACAGCCAGGUGGUUUGGAGUUCCUUCCUGGAAAUGAUUACUAUUUCAUUUCGACGUCAUCGAAAGAUGAUCUCUAUCGUAGGAUAGGAGGUCGAUGUUCAACGAACAAUAUGAAGGUAGUUUUCAAAGUUUGUUGUGCACCAGAAGAUAAAAACAAUAGAACGAAUGGCAACAUGGGUGGUGGCAAUGGUAGUAGCGGGGGAGGCGGUGGCGGCGGCGGCGGUGGAAUUGGUAAUAAUGGUGUAAACGGUGGCAAUAGCGGUAGCAUUAAUAGCAAUACUGCCAUACAACAACAACAGCACAAUAACAAUAUUAAUAUAAAUGGCGGUGGUCAAAUGCCAUUACCUAAAUUACCUGGCAUGGGUGGUGGUGGUAUUGGCAUUGGCAUGAACAACGGCGGCGGCGGUGGUGGUCUGAUGAUUAACGGAAACAGUGGCACAUCGAUCAACACAAAUAUCGACCAAUACAAUCGAAUACCAAUGCAACAACCCAACAACAUCGGCAAUGGCAAUAUGGGCAUGAAUGGCAUUGGUGUCGGCGGCGGCGGGAUCAAUGGUAUAAAUGGGCAACAUCCAACUGGCAUUAGAAUCAAUAAUGUACCGUCAUCGCAGCAACAUCCUUCACAAAAGAAUGGUAUGCAUGGGGGUUAUAUUGCGCCAAUGGCAAAUAUUAAUACAAAUAGCAGUAACGUUGUGCAAAGCACAAUAAACUGGCCUGACUGGGGCAAUCAUAAUAAUAAUCAUAAUGGCAACCAAGACGGCAGCGAUCCGGGAGGUAUUGAUACCCAAGUUUCAACAAUUGGUAUACACCCGCAUUUCUAUCCACCUCAUAAAACUUCACCACGUCCUAAUCUAAAUAGCGCCGCUGUUAAUAACAGUAGUAGCAAUUAUUCACCGUCCCAUAAGCCAACUAAGAAAACAAAUGAUUACGAUAAACAUCCCAAUGAAGUAGUCAAAAAUGAAGAACUCACCUAUAAUAGUGCAGCACCAUCUUUGUAUAAAUUGCGACGACGAAGAGUACCCGAUCCACCAAAUGAAGAAACAAUAACACCACUGACGACGGCAAAUAGUAAAGGCAGCUGGCGUUUCAAAACAAAAUCGUCAUGCAAAAACAUUUAUCAGAAAUUUAAAUCUCUGCUACAGCUAUUGCUAUACACAAGCAAUCAUCGUAAUCGUAUUAAUACAAUCCAUAAUUUUAUAAAUUUUAUUUCUAAUUGUAAUCCUAUUAUUCUAACAACAACAGUCCUAGUUACUUUAAUAAACUUAUUUCAAUAUAAACUGUCAUCAUCGUGGAGUGUGAUGCGGCUAUGUUAUUCAUCAUCAACAUCAUCAUCACCAUCAUCAUCGAAAGUGCCACCACCAACGAGGACGUCAUCUAUUAAGCUUACGCCCAAAUUUUCGUCCUCAUCGUCACCAAAAAAGAAAAUAUAUUCACCUGUGGAUUGUUGCAUUGUAGAAGCCCUACGGUGAACUUUAAAAUAAUUUUUUUAUUUAAUCACUUAAAAUUAAAAACAUAAACAUACAAAACAAAAAACAAAAAAAAAAAAAAAAACUGAAAAG